AGGGCUCCUGUACUCCUCACCGGGUACGUUUCCACUGAUUCAAGCUUUCUCAACAAUUAACGAUAUGCAGAAUGCUUUCUCUGCAGCUUUCCAUGAUCUCGGGUUCAACUAUUUUGCUCUUUUUGUAAAUGAUAUUAUACAUGAAAUCGAACUUGGUACCUUUCGAGACCUCAUCAUCCACCUCAUCCGUAUGUGUCAUGCAAUGGGGAAAGAUACUGUACAAGAGCUCAACCAGAGAUUCCGAAGUGUUCCAACAUUCGGACGUGGAACUAUUCAUCGAUUUGUUGACAAUGUAUCAGAAUUGAAAAAGCUGGCUGCUCGUGAUUAUGAGGAUCUACUCCAGUGCGCACCAACUUGCUUCGAAGGACUCUUCGCCACCAGGUCUCAAGAGAUUGAUGACCUUGUUCAAAACCUGCUUGCUCAUAUGGCCACCUGGCAUGCUUACGCCAAGCUGCGCCUCCACACUGACUUGACAUUAGAGUCAUUUGAGGUGGCAACCAUAGAGCUGGGAUGUCUCCUGCGUACAUUUGCCAUUCAAACUGCUGAAAAAUUUGAUACUCAACUCCUUCCUCGUGAGGCUGAUGCUAAAGCUCGGCGAAAAUCCAAGAAGAAGAAGACUGACAGUCAAAAUAGGAACAAAAUAGCAGAUAGCAAACCACGUCGCAAGCUUUUCAACCUCAAUACCUACAAGUUUCAUGCACUUGGAGAUUAUCCUUGGACCAUUCGAACAUUUGGAACUACAGACUCUUACAGUACACAGCUAGGUGAAUUGGAGCAUCGUUGUAUCAAAAGACUCUACAUCCACACCAACAAAAUCCACUUCACAUUUCAAAUUGCACGGCAUGAGCAGCGUCGACGUGCACUCAAGAAUCUUUUACGAAAAAAACCAACUAACAUCCAACAUCGCGCUACUCAAUCAAAGGUUUCAAGACCUUCACUUUCCUUUGAUGACUCCGAUCCUCUUCCGUUCACAGACCCUACCACACACUACCACAUUUCAUCAAGCACACGCUUCUCUGAGAAUAUAGUCACUUGGCUUGGUGAUCUUCAAUAUGAUCCCGCAUUUACGAACUUCCUUCCAAAACUUAAGGAUCAUAUCUUGGAACGACUUCUUGGCAUACCUCAAAACGAACAUGAAUUUUCCGCUGCACAGCGUGCUACAAUUACCUUCAAAAAUAACAAGAUCUUCCGCCAUAAGGUCAUACGUCUUAAUUAUACAACAUAUGACAUGCGUCGCAACCAGGACUCAUGCAAUCCUCGAACCCACUCCGACAUCAUGAUGCUCUCUGGAGACCCAGAGACCUCCUCCGAGCACCCUUAUUGGUUCGCUCGAAUCAUUGGAGUCUACCAUGUUGAUGUCAUUCAUUCCGGUGGACUCUCUCAAUCCCUUCUUGCUCAAAAACUUGACUUUUUGUUCGUUCGCUGGUUUGGACUAGCAAAUGAACAGGAACAGUAUGGUAUCUCCACCAAGCACAUGCCAAAGCUCGGCUUCAUUGACACCAGUAAUCCGGAAUCGUUUGGAUUUGUUGACCCUAGUAAUGUUAUCCGUGGAUGUCACAUUAUCCCUGCAUUUUCCGAUGGGAAAACUGACCAAUUUCUCGUUGGUCCUUCGUUAGCAAGACGGGAGGCCAAUAACGUCCACUCUCUCCUCCACCCGAGUUUUUGAAGAGCAAAACAAUGUCAAGCCUGGAGAUAAGGAUAGAAUGUUCGAUGCAGCAGCUACUGCUCUUGUCCAUGAGGAGGAUGGAGAGAGUGAUGCUGUUAUUGUCAGUGAGGAGGAAGAGGAAGUGGAAGUGGCAAAUCAUGGUAGUGAUGGUGAGUUGGAGGAUGUUCUAGGGCCAGAAGAUGGAGAAGACAACGGGAUUGAUGAAGACUAUGAGGGGUUUGCGGAAUAUUAGUGCUUAAAUUUCAU